CCAGCAUGUUAUUAUUGCCGCCAUAUUGGCUGACUGAAGUAUCAUGUGUUUAGUCGAAGACGACAUCGAAAGUUAUAUAUGUCUAUUUUUACUUAAUUAACUUUUUUUUUAAAAUAGGUCUGAUUUGUAGUAUUUUCUGCAUUGAGAAGAAUGGGGAAGAGGUAUUACUGCGACUACUGCGACCGCAGCUUUCAGGACAACCUGCACAACAGAAAGAAGCACCUGUACGGCGUGCAGCACCACCGGGCGAAGAAAGCUUGGUUUGACAACUUCAGAGAUGUUGCCACAGUUUUAAAUGAAGAGCGGACAAAGGAACCCUGCAGAAAGUUUCUUCAGACAGGACAGUGUGUAUUUGGUGCAAACUGUCGUUUUUCACACAUGUCUGAGAGCUAUAUGCAGAUGCUGGAGCAAAAGUUUAAUGAUGAAAAACAACGGAAGGAAGACCCUGACCAAGGUAGAUCAUCUACUGAGUCCAGCAUUGAUGAAUGGCUCUCCAGAAGAGAGAAGAAACGAGCUGCUUUGACAUCAGGAAGAGUUUUAAAGAUAGAAGAGGAAGAAUGUACUGAAAACAUUGAGAUACCUCCAUAUCUGCUGUCUAUUCCAGAUCUCCCUCCAUCUCUCCAUCCCCCACCAAAUGGUGGUUGGAAAGUGACACUGCAAAAUGAAUGGGGUUAAAAUGGAGUUUGUAAAAAAUAUUUUUUAAUGCUUUUGUUUUUUGCCCUAAGGAUAUGGUUCCAACUUUUAGGGUUACAAAGACAUUGAAAAUGAUUAUGAAAUUGUAUAGCAAGAUUUUUUUUUUUUAAUAUACUGAGAAAAAAAAUCCCAUACAAUUAAUUUCAUAAUAUGGAGUUGUAAUUUGUCUGUAAAGGAGCUCAGGCAGGAUUUAACAUAAUUGGUUGCUUUAUCAAGAAGUUGAGUGUCCUCAGGCUGAACGCUAUUGUUUUUGUCUGCCUUCUGUGGUGUAGAUUGAUAUUCAGUUGAGGCAAGGGUUUUCAAUUUAGUCCUGAUUGCUUGUUGCAGGGAUGUUUUGUACUGUUUACUUGCAUGGACUUAGUAAACUCCCGUUGUCUUCACUGAUUAAUGUUACGCUAGACUGCGAUGUAUUAGGUUCAUAGACCUGGUGAUGAAAAGUCCUAUUAGAUGCGUGUUGUAGCAAGGAUAAAAUGAGUCAUCUGAAAAACACUUUUUGCUGGUCAUUCAGUUCAUUCUCAGCAUUAGUUGUAUACAGCACAGGCAGAAAAAAAAGAAAAGAUAGCUGACCUGUUCCACCAAAGCAUGUAUUUUAUAAAGCCAAAUGCACUAACAGACUAAUUUCAUGACAAUGUCAUGUCUCUGAUACUCACUAUCUGAUUUUGCUCUCUCAAAUGCAAAGAUGUGUUGAAUAAUGAAAAAGACCAAUGAAGAAUCACCACUGUUUUAAUUCAGUUGUUCACAUGGUACAUUUAAAUGUAACAUCAGCACGUUUUUGGCACAUCAUAGAUUCAAGAUGGUUUUCUAGGGCUACAUUGAUGCAAUAUAAAGUUACUUACAUUGUAUAUAUUACUGUUACAUCACUACAUUAAUAUAAUUAUGUGAGCUUAUUUGUAACUGCCAAUGUGUAGGCAAAUGCAAUAGAUGUCAUUUACUGUAAGUAAAUGUGCUGUAAUUUUUCCAUGUGAAAUAAGAUUCAUUUAUAUUAAAGAAAUAUUGGGAAAAUACAAAAAUAAAACUAUAUUUCAUAUAAUUCCUUACCCAUUUAUUACUCUGAUUGAAAAAACAUAUUGCCAUGUUAAAUAAUAAUAUCCUCUAUUAGUGUGUAAAAAAACAAUUUGCACAGCAGGUCAAAUGCUUGAGCUUUGGAAAUCGAAAGCAUGAUAUGUUUCUGAUGUCCUGAAAUCAGUAUCUCAAUUUGUAUAUCACAGUAAAUUGUCAUCAAAAAGCAUAGGUUGCAUAUUUUGAGAACAAAGGCUGACUUUAACAUUACACAAUACAACAUCAGAAGAUUACAAAUGCAUGCAAAUGCAAAGAAACAGGUUUUUGUCAUUGCUUCUUGCGCGAAGGUUGUGCCGUCAUGUCAGCAUACCUUCAUGUGUAAAAAAAAGCUGCAAGUCAGCAUGUCUGAGUUUGCUGAUUAAACAUAAAAAUACCUUCUGUAAUGUAUAAUAUCAAUAGUAUUUCUCUGAAUCAAGUCUUAAUUGUAUAAUGAUAUCUUUCACUCUACAACCUCGUUGAACUAAUGCAAUAGGCCUACUUGUAAUUUUAAUCAUGCAGUUGCAGAUCCAUUUAAAUGCUUACUCAUUACAGACAUAUUAUUGUUUUUCAGUCAGAGGAAAUGUAUUCAUAUCAAUUAAUUGUCAUCUGUCAUAUAGCACAAACACGUGAAUUCAAUACAAGGGCACAAAAAUAUAGACUUUUGACUUCAAACAUAAUACACACAUAACAACACCAUCCAACUUACUGUUUAGGCACUGAGAUUACUGACAAAUGCAUAAAUUACAGAUAGAUGCUGGAUGCAUACAUUUAUUUCAGUGUAUGCAUAAGCCAAAUAUUGCUUGUUACCAUUAACUCGCACCAAACUUAAAG